AUGAAGAUCAAGGCACUCAGCAGGUCGGCUGCCUCAGCGCAGGCCCCGGGGUCAAAUGUUGCACGCCUACCCAGAAACUUAGAUCCAGACCUUCAUCCGUUUGAGCGAGCGCGAGAGUAUACCAGAGCUCUCAAUGCAACAAAAAUCGAGCGCAUGUUCGCGCAGCCAUUCCUCGGGAGUUUCGAGCCCGGCCAUGUAGAUGGGGUGUAUUCCUUUGCCAAAGAUCCCGAAUCACUCGAGCAUCUUGCCUCUGGCAGUGGCGACGGCGUGGUAAAGGUGUGGGACCUCACGAGCCGAGAGGAGAAAUGGCAGAGCCAGGCGCACGACACCAUCGUCAAGGGCAUGUGUUGGACCAGGGACAAGCGGCUGAUUACCUGCGGAAGCGACCGAACCGUUAAAAUGUUCGAUCCCUACACUACGCCUUCCAAGAGCCCGCCCACAUCGACGUGGCUAGGCCAGCAUGCUUUCACAUCAGUCUCCCAUCAUCGCUUAAUCCCCUCCUUUGCUGCUGCAAGCAGCAACAUCGCCAUCUACGACACCUCUCGCGCCUCUGGAACGCCUGUCCAAACCCUAUCGUGGCCUACCACCAUCGAGACCAUUAAUGCGGUCGCUUUCAACCAGACAGAAACCUCAAUACUGGCCUCAUGCGCUACCGACCGUGCUGUCAUACUCUACGACCUCCGCACAAGUUCUCCGCUUCAUCGAAAUGUCCUCACAUUUGCCUCCAAUGCCAUCUCUUGGAAUCCCAUGGAAGCCUUCAACUUUGCCGUGGGAAGCGAAGACCACAAUAUCUACAUAUUCGAUAUGCGGAACAUGAAGCGGUCUCUCAAUGUCCUGAAAGGGCACGUCGCCGCGGUGAUGAGCGUGGACUUCAGUCCCACGGGAGAGGAGCUGAUCAGUGGAUCAUAUGAUCGGACAAUCCGAAUCUGGGAGCGUGCAAAGGGACACUCUCGAGACAUAUACCACACAAAGCGCAUGCAGCGAGUCUUUUCCGUCGCUUGGUCCCCUGACAACAAUUACGUGCUCUCAGGAUCUGACGAUGGCAACAUCCGUCUCUGGCGCGCCAAAGCGUCUGACCGGCAGGGAGUCAAGUCGUUCGCUCUGCGGCAGAAGUUGCAAUAUGACGAUGCUUUGAAGGAAAGAUACAAGCACAUGCCCGAGAUUCGACGGAUUGCAAGGCAUAGGCAUGUACCCAAACAGGUGAUGAAGGCUGAAGAGAUCAAGAAAGAGGAAUUGAAGGCUAUUAAGAGGAGGGAAGAGAACGAGAGGAAACACACUAAGAAGGGCAGAGUGAGGCGAAAAGCUGAACGAGAGAAAAUGGUCUUGGCGAGGGAACAGUGAUACUUUCAUGGGCAUUGUUCGACUGAUUUCGUUUCAGCAUAGCGACGGCGUUUCAAUCAAGAUGCAGAACAUGUCCUUGGAGUUUGGGUGGGCUCAUUGCUGGU